GCGUCACGUUGUCCGCCAGAUCAAUGUUAAUGGGAAGUGUACAGUCAACUUCCUUGUUGUACCAGUAGCUGCACGUCUUUAGGUCCCAACGUAUAAUGUCUACACGGCAGAGGAAAAGGCGGGUUCGCCGUCAACCACAGUCGCCUAAUGACUCGUUAUUGCUCGACUCAACAUUACCCAACCAGCAACAACGGCGGGCGCAUCGCAACACCCUCACAUGUACCAAUUGCCGCGUUCGAAAGACAAAAUGUGACGGAACCCAACCAGGGUGCAAAACCUGUGAAGUUUAUCAUGAUACCUGCCGAUAUGAAAAGGUCCCACCUAUGUCUCAAAUAAUCUCCAUGUCCAGAAAACUGCAAGAGUAUGAGCGGCAACUCGAGGCGAUGAGAGAAAAUAUACCUGGACCCAUGUUGGGAUUAGAUAAUAAUGGACAACCCGUUAACAUCGCUGCUACUUCCGAUACGACCUCUGAACAUGGUCUGAACCCUGGUCAUGACAAAGCUGAUCAAGAGCAAAACAAUAAGCCCGGGCAAAUGCUCAGGUUAUCCACGUCCUUGAUCUCUGACUUGAGUGUUGACGAGAAUGGAAAGUUGUGUUACUAUGGCCCAACUUCAGCCGUGCACGACCCCCUUAAUUUACCAAGCCAUAGCACAAUAAGUAGUGAAUUUUCCAAUCCUAUAUCGGACUCAGCUCUGCGAACCACCCUGGUUUCGGAUGCUUUAGAAUCAAGAUCCUGGGAGGAUUUCGCGGUAGGAAAUGCAGCACUUGGCAACGAUAUCCCAAAAGAGACGAUUUCGAAACUUCUACAGCUUCACUGGUCAUGGAUUGCCCCAAUGUUCAUGUGGGUCUAUAGGCCGGCAUUCAUGCGUGAUAUGUUGACGGGUGGCCAAUACUUCUCUCAACUACUGCUACUCAUCAUAUGCGCCCAUUCAUCUCGAUUUCAAGGGACCUCUAUCGGGGAAAUUCUCAUAUACCGCGCACGGCUUCUGCUUGGAAAAGAGAUACAGAAACCCAGCUCUAUACCAACUGUCCAGGCAUUACUUCAGCUAAGCGCGCGCGAUCUUGCAUUUGGUUCGAUCUCACAGGCUUGGCUUUAUAGCGGCAUGGCGUUCAGAAUGGUCAGUGACCUAGGAUUGCACCACUAUUCCGGUCGGGUAGUCCAGCUAGGCCAUCUUACGGCAGAGGAUCUCGAGAUUCGGCGACGGCUAUUUUGGUCUUGUUACUUCUGGGAUAAGGCUAUAAGUCUCUAUCUUGGCCGAAUGCCGGCGCUCAGUGAACUCCCGUCUGAUCAUCAACCCAUCUUUUUCGAUGAUUCUACAGCGGACGAGAUUUGGGCGCCGUAUUACUGCGACGCUUCGAAUACCACAGCAAUUUCACCUGAAGUGUACCCACCUAUGAAGUCAUACUCUGUAUCGUGCUUCGGGAAUUCUUGCAAGCUUGCUAUCAUCAUAAAUCAGAUUAUACUUCAACUAUACUCCCGAAAUACAGUUUGUGUUUCCGAUUCCACACUGCGUGACAUACGUGAGCAGUUAGACAAUUGGAGAACUCAGUCUCCCGAAUACCUAACUUACGACCCAGACAACUUGUCUGGCAUAUGUUGUCCACCACAUAUUCUCACUCAAAACCUACUAUACUAUACGACAGUGAUAUUACUCCACAGACCAUUCUACUCGUCACCCAUUCACCACUCUGCUUGCCGUCAUGCCGCAGCGAGCAUUGAAAAACUCUUGAUCUUCCUCGAACGAACAUUCGGGUUCACACAAAUUACGUAUCUGAUGGCAUACUGUGUGUAUACUGCAGCCUCAGCCAUUAUCCAGGACGUCAAAGAGGGCGACGCUAAUGCCAGUGAGAAAAUGAACACAUUUUUGCGAGCACUAAAGGGGGGCCUCACAACAUGUCCCAUUGUACAACGAAGUAUCGACAUAAUCAACAGUGGGCUCGCUCACCGGCCAUUAAAUGAUGCUGCAACCGCCAGCUCAUCGCAGUUCACCGUGGGUGAUAACAAUUUCAGUACAGGCUAUCUCCCAGCUUUUCCACACCAUAAUUUACAAGCCAACUCAAUGGUAUUUGAUAACGUGGGAGUAAUGGAUUCCGAUUCGGUGUGGUUACUCAACUGUUUCCCAGAGAACCACAUAGACUUGGGCAAUAGCGAAUGGUUCGUACCUAGUUAGAGAAAAUAUACUAUAUAAUUGUAUUCAAA